CGCAGGCCUCCCUCCCUCCCUCCCUCCCUGCCCGCCGCCUCUGCCGCUCUGUCACUCCAACCUCGGGUGAGUCCGGAGCGCCCGCCGCCUCGCCCAGCCUUCACCCACAGGCAGCGAUCAUGCAGCCCAGCCGGCCUCCGCCGGCCGCCGGCGUCUCCGCGGAAAGCUGCAUCCCGGCUGGCUUGCGCCUGGGCCCGCUGUCCGGCACCUUCAAACUGGGCAAGUACCUGUCCGAUCGCAGGGAGCCGGGACCCAAGAAAAAGGUCCGGAUGGUGAGAGGGGAACUGCUGGACGAAGCCGGGAGCUCUGCUGGGGAGUGGAUGGGGUUAAUCCGGGCCGCCCGGCACGCGCAAGAGCAGACCUUGGAGGCGAUCGCGGACCUGCCGGGAGGACAGAUCUACUACCGGACGCUGCGGGAUCUGCAGCCGGGGGAGGAGCUGACGGUGUGGUACUCCAACGCCUUGGCUCAGUGGUUCGACAUCCCCACUACGGCGACUCCAACCCACGACGAGAAAGGUGAGGAGCGCUACAUCUGCUGGUACUGCUGGCGGACCUUCAAGUACCCCAACAGCCUCAAGGGCCACGUCCACUUCCACUGCGUGCUCAACCACGGCCGCUGCUUCCUGGGGCCCGAGCACGGCCGGCCGGCCGAGCUGUUCAGCGCCUCUCCCAAGCCAGCCGCGACCCCGGCGACCUUCCGGCCCCCUUGCCCCGGCGGGGCCCGGGACAGCAUCAAGCGGGAAUCCCCCAGCUCGCCGCCCCUGGCCCGGGCGGGCGGAGGAGGGCGCAAGGCGGCCAAAGAGGAGCUGGAGCGCGCCCUGGACAUGAGCCUCCCGGCGGGCCGCAGCCCGGGCUUGGGGUUGCUGGGCAGCAGCUCGGCCUUCUACCCCGGGGCCAAGUCGGCCUUCAAACCCGCCGGCUUGGCCAAGGGCGGCCUGGCGGAGGCGGCCUUCCGAGAGGAGGGCAAGGGCAGCUGCUUCAGCAAGCUCCUAGGGGGUCUCAAGCCCGGCCGCUCGGCCAGCCAAGCCCCGCUGGGCGCCGCCUGCAGCCCCCAGCCCCACGCGCAUCCCCAGCCGCCGCCGCCGCCGCCGCCGCCGCCCCACCAUCACCAUCACCACCAUCAUCACCACCCGCCGCCCCCGCCCCCCAAAUGCGGAGGCCAGGCGGACCCAACGCCCCACUACUCUGGAGGCGUGAGGGGCUUCCCGCUGCUCUCGCACUUCGAGGAGACGUCGGCCUUUAAGCACGUCGAGCGGGGCCUGCACGCCAGCCUCUCGCCCUCCGCCGGCCGCUACCCGCCCCUGCCCAGCGGGGGGGCCGGCCUGGCCCUGGAGCGCUUCGCCGCCCUGCCGCCCUACUCGGGCUCGGCCGAGUGCCCCCUGCCGCCCUUCCUGCCCUUCACGCUCUACAACGGCGAGCUGCUCUACAGCGCCCCCUACUACCCGCUCAAGCUCCACUUCGGCAACCUGCUCAAGUACCCGGAAUCCGUCUCCUACCUGAACGGCGCCGCAGCAGCCGCCGCUGCCGCCGCCGCCGCCGCUGCCGCCGCCGGGCUAAACGCGGCCGAGCUGGGCUCGCUGGCGGGCAUCGACCGCGAGAUCGCCAUGCACACGCAGCAGCUGUCCGAGCUGGCGGCCGAGAAGAGCCGCGGGCGGCUGGAGGGCUUGGCGCCGCCCCCGCCCGCCGGCCCGGCGCACGGCAAGCCCAAGAGCGGCCACCUGUGCCUGUACUGCGGCAAGCUCUACUCGCGCAAGUACGGCCUGAAGAUCCACAUGCGGACUCACACCGGCUACAAGCCGCUCAAGUGCAAGGUCUGCCUGCGGCCCUUCGGCGACCCCAGCAACCUCAACAAGCACAUCCGCCUGCACGCCGAGGGCAAUACUCCCUACCGCUGCGAGUUCUGCGGCAAGGUGCUGGUCCGACGCCGCGACCUGGAGCGCCACGUCAAGUCCCGCCACCCCGGCCAGAGCCUGCCCAAGGGCGCCGCCGGCGGGGGAAAGGAGGCGGGCCAGGGGGGCGCCCCUGCCGCCCUGGCGCCUCUGGAGCCAAAGACGGACAACGAGAGCGACGUGGACGUCUGCUUCACCGACGAGCAGAGCGACCAGGACACGGGCGGCGGCACCAGUAGUAGCAGUAGCAGCAGCGGCGGCGGCGGGGCCAAGGAGCAGCAAUGAGGGCCGCCCAUCCGGUGCCGCCGCCGCUGCCGCCUCUGCCUUCGGGACUCCCUCCGCAGGAGCGGCGCCUUUCCACGCUGCCGGGUCUGGUCUCUUUGGAGCUAAAGCUUGGAGGAACGCAGGGGGGUGGUGGGGGUGGAGGUGGCUGCGUCCAAGCCCGGCUUCCCGUCGACGCUCAGAGCCGGACGCCGAAGCAGAGGAUCGCCCGUCCAACUUCAUUGGGAUCAAUGGGCAGAGGGAGGCGUAGCUCCGCUUGGCUAGGCCAGGGACCCGCACGGACCUGGCUGGGGGAAGCCUCCUUGGAAGAAGGACAAGAGUUGGGUUUCCUACCCCUCUCUUCCCUCUUCCAAAAGACGUCUCAAAGCGGCUUACAAUCUCGCACACAGUAGGGCUACUUCUCCAUAAAGAUUCUCAGGAUUUGUAUGGUCCAAGGCUUAUGAGGCCGGAACCAACUGGCUAUUGUGGGUUUUCUGGGCUGUGUGGCCCCCUGGUCUGGUGGUUUUUGCUCCUGACGGAUCGCCCGCCUCUUGGGUUGGCAUCUUCAGAGGCAGGACACAGUAAGAAGCUUUUCUCUCCGUGGCACAGCAGCUGCAACUUCAAAUGUGCUUUAUCCCCAGUGAGGUAUACAAAUGUAUACCUCGCCACACAGUCUCUCCACACUGUGUCAUGGAGAGAAACACAACUCGCAUGCCUCUGAACCAUAGACGCGGGCAAAAGGAUGGGAGCAAAAACUACCAGACCAGGACCACACAGACCGGAAAACCCGCAGCACCCUAUUCUUAGGAUUUCUUGGGACGGCUGCGCUUAGGCGGUCCAACGCACCUGUCAGAUUCACAAGCCUCCGAUCCCACCUGGGUUCUAGCCAGAAAAUAAAAGGAGGCGAGUCCCUCUCUGGUGGAGUUCAAGCAGAAACCCUUCUUGUCACAUGACUCGACAGUAAAUUUCAGUGGGGCUUCUUUUGUCAGGAUGCUCACGGGCCAGUGAUGGGAGACCCUGAACGUUUCAUGUAGGCUGCAGUGAAAACGCCGCUUGGUUGCCAGCCUGCCCCCAUAAAACAAGUGACGUUCACUUCCGAGGAUAGCCCGACAGUUGUCCCCCCUCCAUUAAUUUAAAGGGAUGGAGUUAACUGGCGGUUGGCGUCGCAGCCCAACAUGCAAUGAGUCUGAGCUAGGAGCGAAGCCAGUCGAUGUCAUUCCAAGCCAACGAGUUGGGGCGAAAAUAUGGUGGGUUCACACGUGCUGCUGGGGGUUUCACGGGGCAGAGCGCUGCGCUUCCGUUUCCAGCGCGCCCAACCAGGGGAGCAUCGCGGGCUGGAGCAUUUCAGCAGCCAAUCCCUUUUCUAUCUUUGCACCUUUCGACGGUGGCAACUGUGCCUUGCGGGUAGGUUGGGGGUGGAUAGAAAGUAUUUGGCUUCUUGAGCCGUCCCCCCUCCAAGCUCUAGUUAAGAAAGAUGAGACUCACUUUUGCAGCCAAUCGGAGAUUGCAAGUGGCAUCUCCGCGUUUUCACUACACUUCAGGACUUAAUCAGGUCUAAACAUCAAAAGCCUCCUGAACCACAAAUCAUCCUCGAUCCUAAACGCAUUUCCAUCUCUGCGGUUUUACUCGGAAGUAGUUCCCACUGAGUUUAAUGGGCCCCUUUACGUGGCAGUGGGGCAAGGGUGGAAGUAAUCAGAGUAAAUGCAACCGACUUCUAAAUCAGGCUGCAACUGCAACCCUUCCUUGUCCCUACUGACAGGGGUGGAAACGUCGCUGAAGUCAGUGGGGUUUCCUUGCCAGUGAGCAGCGCGCAGAACAAGCUCCUGCAGCCGCGUGGAAGGGAAGGGCUGGGUGCCGCCACAGAAACCCUAUUCCAAAUUUAUUUAUAGCACAGUAUUAUUCGAGGAACACAUGUAAAAUAAGUAUUCAAGCAUGAAUCAUAAAAGCACGCUCUAUAUAAUUUUUUAAAAUCAUUUUUUGUUUCGUAGGCUACAUAUGUGGUGUAUGCUUGUUUUAUAACGAACGAUGUACAGUGGAUACAGUAUUUUGAUCUUGGUUACAGUUUGUCGAGAUUUUUUUUUUUUAAUAAAGGUACUGACAAACUGC